CUUCCGGUGAAACCAUUUCUUUUUUUUCUACCUCUCUCGCUCAGAAGUCUGCAGAGCCCUUGGCAAGAAAGUGGACCUCAUAAAAAGGUUUUCUUUGAAUAACGUGUUCAUAUGACUCCGCGCGUGCAGCAAUUUUACAGAUUUUAGAAGGCCGUUGUAAAAUGUUGUGUACGUUGUGUAAAUGUUCAGCAUUAACUUCAAGGGGGCUGCGGCCUCUGCAUCCGCGGCGCACAGUACUGGAGCUGCCCUUACUAGGCGCGCACAGAUUGGCCAGCAGAAUAUCUUGGUGCCUUUGGACAUCUAAAAGGGAAUCGAGUAGCUCUACUUGGGACUCCAAAGUUUCUCAGGUGCCUACAUGGGAGCCCAUAGGUGAAAGCCAACUUCCACCGCCAACAAAAGUGUCACCUGACUUAGUGGACAAAUUGGAGAGAUUAGCCCUUGUAGACUUUGGCAGUAAAGAAGGGGUGGACUGUCUGGAGAAAGCCAUUAGAUUUGCUGAUCAACUUCAUGUCGUUGAUACAAAUGGUGUAGAACCAAUGGACUCUGUUCUAGAGGACAGAGCUCUGUAUCUGAGAGAUGAUACUGUAACCGAGGGUGAAUGUGCGGAAGAACUGCUCCAGCUGGCUAAAAACACAGUAGAGGAAUACUUUGUUGCACCUCCAGGAAACAUACCACUGCCAAAGAGAGAAGAGAGAUCUGCAAUGCUUAAACACUCUGAAUUUUGACUGAAACAUCAUACUGGCUGUUACUUAAGUUAUAAUAAAAAUAUAUUUCAUCUUUUGA